UAUUAGAUUUCAGAGAAUCGUUUUACUGUGUGGGACAGUUAAAUGAAUGCCAAACUAAACUUUAAUAUUGAGUUUUGAUUUGCACGAAAGACUUGAUACAAUAGAUUAAAAAAGGUUGAAAAGAAGGAAAACAAACCUGUAUGUUGUACAGCUGAGAUAUUGCUAUAUAUUUCUUGAGGGGGCUUGUUGUGCCAUAGCUGUUCUUAUCUAUCCUUGUAAUGUGUUGAUGUAGGGACUUUUAGAGGCAAGUCUGCUGUAAAUACUUUUACCGUGCAACACACCCAUUCUUGGAAGCCUCAGUUUUAUAUUUUUACUUGAGUGAAUUUUAUGUCCUGUCACUUUAACUGAAUAAUGGGAAUGGCCGCUCAUAAAGAACACGUCUCUGGGCCCCGAUGACUUGUUUGGUAAGACCUUUAUACAGUGGAUGGAUACUGCUCAGAAGACUAACGAGGAACUGUAUUGUCUCUGCAGCCUGCUCUGACUGAAGUUUAGGGACUGACAUCAUGCGUUCCAGUGUGGAUGGACCACAGAGACCCCCUGGCAGAGGAGAGACUGCCAGCAACAACAAUAACAACAGCAGCAGCAGCAGAGAAAACACUGGAAACUCCGGUUCCCAGUAUGCGCUAUGUGCUCUAGGAGUUGGGCUUGUUGCCCUCGGCAUUGUGAUGAUUGUGUGGAGUGUUGUACCUGCAGACCCGGCCGGUAACAGCAGCAGUUCAGGAGAAGACAUUGGCGCUGGUAGCAGGAAAAAUAAAGCGUCUUCUGUGGCGUUUGUCUUGGUGGGUUCUGGUGUGGUCAUGCUGCUGUUGUCCUUGUGUGUGGGAAUGAGGAACAAACAGCGAGAGCAGCUGAUGCUCCGGGAGGCCCAGAACCGUGGAGGAGUGGCAGCUCGGGAACAAGAGGAAAGAGAAAUUGCUGAGGAACGAGCCCAGCGGUACGCCGUACCCAGCUAUGAAGAGGCAGUAGGCAGCGGCCAGUACCCUGUUCGCCAGACCAACCAUCCCCCAAUCUCCUCCCAUCUACCUUCCUAUGAUGACCUGGUUGAAGUCGACGGUGUACAGUAUGAAUAUGAGGGGUCAGAGGUCACAACUACUGGAUCACAGCCUGUUCCAGCUUCCAGUGCUCCCACUGCUGCUACUUCCGCAUCAAAUCGUCGACCUGGGAAAAAUAGCCGCAAGCUCCUCCCUAUCAAGAUCCGCAGGAUUAAAUCAGAGAAGCUGCACAUGAAAAACAUUGAUAACUCUCAGCCAGGAGCUGGAAUCAGUAUAGAGCCACUUACUCCACCACCACAAUAUGAGGAUAAAGUGCCUCCACUUUAAGAUCAAGCUGAUGAUGUUUGAAACAAUCUACUGAAAUUCCUGGAAUUUGCUAUGAUCACCUUUUGUGGAUCUGGAUCUGCCUCAUUAAGCCAAGACUUGAAGAUGGCUCUUCCUGCAGAACAUUCCCAGUGGCACUUUGUUAUAAAAUGCAAUAUCUGUUGAAAUUCAUCAUUAAUGCCACAUCACUCCAAAGCAAAGACCUGAAAAAAACAUUAUUUUUUUAGAUAAGUUUUUUUAGACAAACGGUGACGGACAUAGUUGUUGGAUUCUUUCUUACUGUGACAGAUUCUGUCACAAUUGGAUUCAAAGCACCCACCAAAUGCAGCUUUCUCUCAGGUCAAAGUAGCUUUCUGUUUAUGUUAUGUAACUGACCUCCACUGUGCACUGACAGGACAUGUGAGUUGACGCUGGAUGAAGUCACAAGAUGUGUGUAGAAGUCUAGGAAGUAUUUCACUGUGUGAGGCUUUGGAUUGCUUCAGCCAGCAGUUUACCAGAUGUUAGCUCAGCGCUGAGUGACUGAGCCUUGUCUGUAUUCAGCUGGCUUGACCUGAUGUGGUAUGCUACCCAGAAACACUCCACCACAUUGUCAACAAUAUUGUGUUCCGUGGUCCUCUAAAGCUCUAGAGAGACUUAACUGCAUGUUCUACAGAACGGGAGUCCUGCUCUUCUUCCAUGUUAAGUUCUUUUUUUCUCACUAGCUUUUGGUUCACUUUCCUUUGCCUGUCUGCCUGAAAAGCUGAAACAUGAUAAUGGGGGUUUUCUUGACAUAUUCGAAGACGGAGUGUCUACUGGACAGCACCAUUUAAGAAUCUUCCAUUUUGAUUAAGAUAAAACCAAGCUUGUUCAGCAUUUAUCAGCCACAGCUCCCAUGACUCAUAGCAAUAGGCACUCUACCAAAAUCUAAUGGGAAACAUGGUUGUUGAAUGCUAACAAAAUAUCACUUGUUUUACCAUAUAGUAUCAUGUCACUUGAAUCUUGCUGUCCAGUAGUGUAUUGAUAAUCAGAAGAGGUAGGAAUGGGUUGGAUUCCACCAACAAUGGAGAAAAAUCGCUGGGUCUUUAGCUAACUGCUACUAACUGCUAAACCCUUCUCACAAGCAGCUUUCCGCUGCUUUGUGCUCGACAGGCAGCAGGUAGUUGAUAUGCAUAUAUUAUUACACUCAACCAGACAAUUUAUGUUUAUUAUGAAUUAGCUGGGAUGCAGUUUGGGAGAGAAAGGCAGCGGCUGUUUUUGGAAAAAAAAAAUCCAAGAUGCACUGUAUUUAAGGCCUGAAAUUUAUAUUUGCUCUCACUAGUGCAGCACCAGUGCUCACCAUUAACCUCACCAUUAGGUUACCAUUUAAUAGAAACUGCUUUCUGGGAAGAAACCAUUUUGUGGUGUCUUUAAAUGAGUGGUGAUUCUAACUUGCUGCAGCUGCAACACAGUUUGUCCUCCAGCUCUACACACUAAUGUACAUUUAAAUGCCUUUGUGCUCAGAACAAUACUACUGCUCUUCCUAAAGCAUUUCAAAAGACAUAGUAGUGUGCAUAGCAGUGCUCUUCUAAAUGCAGCGUUGCUCUUACUCCUGCAAAUAGUGGGUAGAGAAGGAAGUAUGUGAAUAGCUGGAAGCCUUUGGCAGUAGCCAUGGUGAACGCUGUUGGGCUGUGAAGGCAGUAGUGUAGUCUCUGCUUCUCUCUGGACUUGUUUUUGUUCUGGUUCGAGAUGACCAACAGAAAGAGUCUUUGACUGUGCAGCUGCGCCAUAAUAACAGCAGCUAUUGCUCACUCGCUUGCUCAUCACCAUUCCUCCAACCACAGCUCAACUUGCAGCCGUUUUCACUCAGAAGUUUGCAGAGAAUGAGCAGCGAGAGACGAGAGACAGCUUUUCUCUUAUGGUUAGACUUGUUUAGAUGUGAACAGCUGUAGCCGAAGUGAAUGAUUUAUCUUUUCAUUCACUUAAACGUUACAAUUGUAAAGGUCGCACAAGAUUCUGCCCCUCUUUUGUUUUGUGGGACAAAAGACACUUCUUCAUCAGUGACGUCAUCAACCAGUUCCACAUUGUGUCUGAGUAAAAUUCAGUCUAAAUCAUGCAAAAAAGAGACUUAGAUACUCAUUGUCAGCUGGUUAUAUUAUAUAUUACCAGGUUUUCUGUCAAGAUAAAGCCAACAAGGUCACUGAGUCACUUCAGGUUUGUCAUUGGAAGGCAGCGCACAACAGCUAUGUUGAAAUGCAUCGCACAGUGUAUUGAUUCUUUAUUUUGUGUCCUGUUCACUACUGCAGACAGUCAUUGUACCUCAUUGGCAAAGGACCAGAUAACUACAUGACUGAUUUUAUGACUAUGUAGUCAAAAUGUUUUACAUCGAUGAAUGAGUGUUUUGAUUUAGCAGUCACUUUCUGUUUUACUUAGAUACGUGUCCGAAACACAUGAUGUUUGUUGUCUGUUUCAUUUAUUAUUGCUUUUUUUUAUUACUUAUGUCUUUGUUUCUUUUUAUAUAUACUGUGAAAAUAUACUUUUCUAGGAUAAUUCUAAUAUGUUUGUGGAGAAUGAAUGUUUGUUUUUCCUGAAGAGUGGGAAAAAAUGAUCUCAUGAAUAUUUUAUGAGAAAUAAAAGGAAGUAUUUGUUAAUUAA